UAAGAUGUGUAUUACAUUCCAAAAUGUAUUAUUUCCAGCAUAUGUAUGCUACAAAAAAUAUCCCUGAGGAUAUCAGCAUAUUGAGUGAUGCGGCUGCUGCUGAAAAGGUUUUGCUUCACCUGCUUGGCCCUGCUGAUGCCAGCAUUAUGCAGGCAUACGCUGAUGGUGAUCUGAGGAGGAACUUAGCCCACCGUGCCCUUGCUUCCUCGCUCCACUUAGCCAUGUGGCUGAGGGAAACUGCAGAUAUUUCAAAGCAGCGCGAUGAAGCCAUAGCUCAUGUUGCAGGGCUGGAGGAAAGAUUAAGAAGGUUCGAGAAGAUCUUUGUGAAACAGGAGGCUGAAAAUGAGAUUCUGAGCCUAGAGGUCGACGAUCACUGUCGCGAGAAGGAGUAUGAAUCUAAGAUUGAGAUUUUGUCAAAUGAGCUUAACCAGCAGAAGCAAGCAACUGAGGUCAUGGAGAGCAAGUGCAAGGAGUUGGAGGCCAUGCACAAGGAGAAGGCUACUCUUCUGGAAGAGGCCAUGAAGCAGCUCAACGAUGCCAACAUGCUGCUUGCCGAGGUGAGCGAAGGUCUUGGCGUGGCUAGGGAACCCGGGGCCAAGGAUCCCAAGCAUUUCUGGACUGUUUGCAUACACUGCAAGGUCCAGUAUCAGUAGUACAGGAUCUACCAAAACUGCAGGCUUCGUUGCCUAAAUUGUCAAAAUGCUUUUCUAGCAAUAGAAACAGCAUCUCCGAAAGAAAGAUAUCCAUGGAGUAGCUCUUCUAGGCAGAAGCCUAAGGGAUAUGGACAGGGUGCUGGUGCAGUGAAAGUGGAGGCUCAGGAUGGUCCGUGAGUUGGUCAAGAGCAAUGAAACAG